CUUACCAUCGCUGACAACCAGAUCAUCGGUUGUCGUUUUUUCUGUGUUAAUAGUAUUUUUUAAAAUACAUAAUGCAGUAUUUAUUAAUUUUAUUAUUUUUAGUUCAUCAAAGUUCAGGAAUAAUAUAUUCCUUAAAUUUGACAGAAUAUUACAAAUUCCCUGAGUUGUACCAAAUGGAUGACUACGACCCAUGUGUCACCAAACCGGGCGGCCUGUACUGCUUGAUGGACGCUGACUUGUACCCCGGGGAGAAUACAGAACUCAUGGGGACCCUCAGGGAGUACUCGGAAUAUAGAAUAAAGCAUUUCAACCACACUCAAGUGCACAGAGCUCUAUGCGUUACUAAAACCUGUAAAGAUUUCAUACAUGACAGAAACUUAGAAAUAGAAGAGGACCUAAAGUUGACCCUUGAGGAAUGCCUUAAUGCUUCCUUGUGGAGUGAAUACAAACUGACCGCUAGAUUGACAAAUAUAUUAUCUUGCAAGAAACAUGGAGAAAAGAGAUACUUUGACAUCGGAGAUUAUAUAAUGGCGGCUGUUUAUAUUGUUUUGAUAAUACUUAAUGUAUUGGGAACUGUACAUGACGAACUUAAAGGAAAAACUACAGGAAUCCCCUUCUUACUGGCAUUCUCGUUGAGAAAAAACUGGCGAAGGCUGACAGCACCAAGCAGUGCCAUCUCCGAUCACAGACUGCGGAGGCUGAAAGUCAUCGAUUCAUUGAGGUCUUUGACGAUAUUCGGCGUGUUUUCGACCCAUACUGCGUUGGCCAUUAGCUUCUCUUACAUUAAAAACCCUUAUUAUUUUGAAACGGCAUACGAUGAUAUUAAGAAGCUCCUCCUCAUCACCGGUCCUGUGGUGACGUACACCUUCUUCAUGAUGUCUGGGUUCCUGGUAGCUUUCAACGUUGAGCUGCAGGCUGAGAAGAGGAAGAUCACGCUGUGGGACUGGCCGAAAGGCGUGCUGCUGCGGUAUCUGAGACUAACCCCGUGCCUAGCCCUCGUGAUGUUCACGAUCAUGACCGUGAACCGGCACUUCGGCGACGGCCCGCAGUGGGACGUCGUGGUCACGGGCGAGUCGAGGGCCUGCAACCAAUACUGGUGGGCCCAUCUCCUGUACAUCAACAACUAUAUCUACGAUGACUCGCAGUGCCUGCCUCAGGGUUGGUACUUGGCAGCAGACACGCAACUCUUCGCCCUGGGGUUGCUAGUAUGCGUGUUAUGCCGCCAGCCUCGCUCUCAGCUGUUGGUGAUUGGUUCUCUGGCUGUCAUAUCGCUGGUGAUACCAGCUGCUUAUACUUAUAUACAGGACUACGAUGCGAUAGCUUAUCAGUCUCCUGAAUUAUUCCGGACUGUGUACAAGAACUACGACACAUUCCGCACUAUGUACAUCGGAGCCCACACCAACCUCUCCACCUAUGUGGUGGGCCUGGCUGGCGGCCUUCUAACUUUCCGCUGGCUCAAAAACGAGAAGGAGUCCUCUAAUAUGUUCAAGAGACAUCGCUGGGUAAUCUGGCUGCUCGUACCAAGUGGCUUCAGCUGCGUGUAUUCGAGCGGGUUCCUCUACAUCGAUGGGUACCAGCCCUCCAUGACCACCAAGGUCCUCGUGGCUACGAUCAGGAAGCCCGCCAUGCAGCUCAUCAAUGUUACAAUUCUGAUGGGGUGCGUCUUUAAGGCAGAAAACAUAGUCCGGGGUCUGCUAGAGUGGCGUGGCUUCACGUGGAUCGCCCGGGUCUCAUACAGUGCGUUUCUGAUACACACGAUCAUCCAACGUGGUAUGAUUGGCACACAGAGGCUUCCGACUUACGCCUCUGAUAUUUACAUGGUAAUGAUCCUGGCAGGAACAGCGUUUCUGUCCCUCGCCGGAGCAGUACUCCUUUGGCUGAUGGUGGAAGCUCCCCUAGCAACGGUCGUCAAGAACAUCUUCGUACCAGCUAGGAGGGAACCAGUCCGGGAGGAAAUUACGGAAGAGACUACCAAAGUCUGAUCGUUGGACAAAUCUGUACCUUAUAGAGAAUCUACUACAGAUUUUUUGACGUUUUAGGAAAUGUUACUUGAUAACUUAAACGUCACGGAAAUUUAUAUUUUUCAGUACAGAUGGUGCAUGCAAUGGAAAUUGUAUUUUAUGCAACAGGCGUUUAAAGGAGGUCAAAAACAGACGAGGCGAAGCCGAAAAUUGUUAAUAAAGA